CUGCUGAGCUGGGAGAUCACGUGCUAUUUGGCGCGUCUUCCUGGCCACGUGGAGGCGCUGUCUCGAGCGUGGCUCCAUCCUGUCCAGCAGCUCCGGUUGGCUACGUCACCACAUUUCACCGAAUGCGAUGGAACAGCGUGGAAAAGCGUAAAAGCGAAAAACACUGGCAACAACCUGCGCAAGAUGAGGGAAGCGGCUCUCCUGCUCACAUCGUGUCUGCUUCUGUGUCUGCUCCUGAGCUGCAGCCAGGCGGCCAGGCAAGGACAGGACAUGAGAUGUGGAGCCUGCAGGGCUCUGGUAGAUGAGAUGGAGUGGGCCAUCUCUCAGGUCGACCCAAAGAAAAUGAUCCAGACGGGAUCCUUCAGGAUCAACCCGGACGGCAGCCAGUCCAUCCGAGAGAUUCCUCUGGCUCGCUCAGAGGGAAACCUCCUCGAGCUGAUGGACAGCGUGUGCGAGAGGAUGGAGGACUAUGGCGAGCACACGGAUUCUUCCACAAACAGGAAGUCCUACAUUAGGGUAAAAUCUCGGAGUGGUGAGGCCAUGGAUCUUUCAGAGGCUACGCUGGAUUCAAGAGUUACAGCCAGUUUAAAAUUUGCAUGUGAAACAAUUGUUGAGCACCAUGAAGAUGAAAUUAUUGAAUUCUUCGCCCACGAGACAGAAAAUGUUAAAGACAAACUCUGCAGCAAGAGGACAGACCUUUGUGAUCACGCUCUGAAAAUGCCCCGUGAUGAACUUUGAUGUCAUCUCGCCAUCGCUGCCGUCUGUCCUCAGCUGACAUGGAGACAUCGGGUGCUGUAAUAUUUUCAGUUGUCACUCAUCACCAGUUUACGCCGUGGUAGUGGUGGAAGAUGUACACAAAUUAUUAUGUAAAAUAUGAGAAAUUCCGCCUGAAAAUAAAAGUGUUAUUUCUGUGAUCUCUGACAA